GCAAAGGGUGGGGCGCGGAGCUUUCCCAGAGCAACAGUGUGUGUUUAUGCCGCUCUCUGUCCUCCUCCUGUGUGCCCUCCCGGCGUCCGUCAUCACCAACAGGGCUGGGUGCGGUUCUGACGCCGGGCGGCCGGCGUGGUACGACCCGCUGCUCCGCUCGGCGGACGAGACGAUUGAGCGCGCAGCCCCGGCGGGGCAUCAGCCAGAGAAGGAUACGGUCUUUGCCACGCUUCCCACCGUGUCGUGUCUGACGGACGCGCCCUUUGAUGUCUAUCUGUACGCCUCGACGCGCUCGCAUGCGAUGAGCGCAUGGCGCGUGCGCCUCUUCUUCAACACGACGGCCCUCCGUUUUGAGGGCCACUCCGUCUCCUCGCAGUUCAAGGCCUCUUCGCACACGCUCGACGUGUCGGGCGUCACCCUCCAGACCGCCAGCCUCGCGUGUGGCUCAACCUGCAGCGCCGGUCAGCUCAGCGCCGUGACAGGCGACGCCAUCUUCCUCGCUCGCGUCUCGCUCAAGGCGAACGCGGGUGCAGCCUUCGGCGGCGGCAGGGAGGCUCCGAGCGUCUUCAACCUCGGCGCAAAGGUCUCCGUCGACGGUGCGGUCGCGACGGUGCUGACCGACCUCGGCCGCGGCCGAUGGGUGGUCAGGUAUGACGCCGAUGGCACAGAGGCCGAGGUUGGCGAGGGGGCGGGGGCGGUCGUCUGGCCGCUACCUUUCGGCGACAUCUUUGCGUACGUGCACGAGGCUCUCGGCUACGGCGGCGAGCGGAUCGGCGGGGCGGGCCGCGCGCCCGUGUACGGCAGCGGCGACACGCCGGCAAGGAGCGGCGGACGGCCCUUUGGGUCUGCGGAGUGGUGGGAUGAGAAGGCGGAGGCGGCUGAGGCGGCAGCGGAGGCGGCGAGGGCGGCGGCGGAGGCGGCGAGGGCGGCCGAGGCGGCGGCGGCGAAGGGCGAGGCGGAGGCGGAGGGGAAGGACUCGGCGGAGGAUGCUGCGGCGGCGCGGCCGAGGAGGGACGCUGAGGAGGUGUUUGCGCCGCCCUGCUCCGAGGCGUGCUCUUCCUUUUUUGUGGCCGAGUGCGUCGUAGACUUUGGCGGCGGCUGCGACGGGUACGAGAAAUGCCGCACGCACCUGGAGGAGUACGAGUCGGACUCUCCCCUCUUUACUGCCGGCACCGGCGCCCCUCUCUGUGUGGUUGGUUGCGCCGACACGCCCGCAAUGGCGGCAGUGGGUUCGUUGUGCGACGACUGCGAGCCUGGUGACACGUGGCCAGCGGACGACGGCUGCAACGCGUGCACUUGCCCGGACAGCGGCGACGGGUCGGAGGCGCACUGCACGGAAAUCGGUUGCCAGGCGGCCCCGUGCAACGGAAAGGAGUGCGGCGACGUGUGUGUGGCGGAGGAGGGCGGGGCGCAGGGCAGUGUGGCGGGCUUCUGCGACUCCGACGGCGUCUGCUCCGUCGCGGAAAACUUCGACCACGUGCAGGCGGGCUGCGAAGACGCGAAGCACAGAUACAUCACGGAGACUCUGUACGAGUCCGAGGGUUGCGACGGCGAGGCGUACCACGCGAGCUUCACGGUGGAGAACGGGAGGUGCGCCAGCGUGUCGGAGGAGUAUCGUGCCGCCUGGGGACGCGAGGAAUUUCGGUUCGUCGGCUUCAAAGUCUGCGACCGGGUGUGGCACUUUCACAGCGGGCGAGCGAGGGUGUGGACGGCGUCUCUUGACGCGUCUCGGCUGUGAACAGAUGGUCCUCUUCACAGGGGCGUCCGACAGCUUGGAGGAUUGCCAGGACGCCCUUGAUGAGCAGUGCGCUGGCGAUGAGGAGGACACGACGGGGCAGGAGGGGGCGGUGCUGCAGCGGGACUACAUCUCGGUGGACCUCGCUGCAGAGGCGGUCUGUUCCGCCACAGACGAGGUGGAGACGGGCUGCGGGCUGGACUCGUGCAGCGUCAGGAUCAAGCUGAGCUUCGAGGGGACCCACGGCUUCUUCGAGGCGAGCGGCGGCGAAGGAGGAGGCGGCAGCGACACCGGCGCGAUCGUCGGCGCC